AUGUCUAAGCAGCGCUUAGCGCGCAAGCCCCGGGGCAACGGCUGGCAGCGGGUUGGGGACAAGGCCGGGCCGACUCCUUUCCGGAUGUUGGCGCGCCUGCGGCCAGCGCCGCAGCCGCGGAUCGCCGCACGGGCCUUCGCAGCGGCGAAGUGGCAGCGGGCACUGCGCGCGCUGGACCCAAACGCCGACGUGGCCAGCUUCAGCCGGGCGGCGCAGCACUGCGGCAAGGCGAGGCGCUGGGACAUCAGCCUGGCGCUGCUGGAGGAGGUGCAGAGGGCGCAGAAGGUGGACGCCAUCCUGUGCACCUCAGUCAUCCGGGCCUGCAGGCACACCAGCGCCUGGAGGUGGGCCGUGGUCAUCUUCCAGCGGCUGGCCGCAGGCGGGUACGGAGAGCUCCAGCCCUCGGUGUACCACUUGGGCGCCUUGGCCGGGUGCCUGGAGCUGGCGAGGCAGUGGCAGAGCGCCCUCUCGCUGCUGGCGCAGGCCAGGCGCAGGAGCCUGCCGGCGAGCCAGGAGCUUUGUGGGGCGGUCAUCAGUGCCUGCGAGAAAUGUUCCCAGUGGGAGCGCGCCGUUGCGCUGCUGGGGGCCAUGGGGCCCAAGGCGGAUGUGAUCGCCUUCAACACGGCCAUCGUGGCCUGCGGCAAAGGCCUCAGGUGGCCCGUGGCCGUGGCUCUGCUGGCGCGGCUGCGCCCUUCGUCGCUGGCGCCCAGCGUGGUGACCUACAGCUCGGUGAUGAGUGCCUUGGAGCGCUCGAGGCAGUGGGAGCUGGCGGUGGAGCUGUUUGAGGAGAUGCGACGAACCAGCUGCCCGCCCGACCAGAUCACCUGGAACUCGCUGAUCAGCGCCUGCGAGAGUGGCCAGCAAUGGCGUCCGGCCCUCGGCUUCCUCGCUGCAGCGCGGCGAAGUUCGGACGACGGCGCCUGGCACGAGGGGCUCAUCCCCGGCUUCAACUCGGCGAUCAGCGCCUGCGGCAAGGCCUCGGAGUGGAGUUUGGCUCUGGCGGUGCUCGAGGACAUGGCGCGGGGCUCGCUGCCGCGGGGGGUGGUGUGCUACAACUCCCUGCUGCAGCAGCUGGGCGGCAGCUGGCGGCUGGCGCUCCACCUGCUGGCGGCCGUGGAUUCGCCUGACCAGACCAGCUGCCGCGCGGCGUGGGAGUCCUGCCAGGCCGCCGGCAGCCCACUUGUCCUCACAGGAGCUGGCCACUCCUCCUGGCUCCUGGGCCGCGCCCUAGCGCCCCUGGCCUCGGAUUCCAGCGACGCCGCUUCCGCCGCCGUGCGCGGGGAGGUCUUCGUGGAAGCGGCGCUCGCCGCGGGGCGGCUGCGGGGUCUCAAGGGCGAGCUGCCGCCCAAGGUCUGGCGCUUGGUGGCCCGGCGUUUGGAGUGCCCAGCCUACGAGAUGCUGGAGACCCUGCCCUUUGCGCCGCCGCCGGACGCGCGCGAAGCGACUCGCGCUCGGCUCCCUGCGGCUCGCGCCCUGGAGAUCUCCAGCUCCGUGGGGCCGCAGUUCGCCCGCGGGGCCUUGGAGCUGUGCGGGCUCCACAACCGCGAGGAGUUCUUCAAGCACUGCUCGGCGCCCAUGGCCUUCGACCCCGUGAAGGGCUGCUACCUGAAGAUCGACGCCAGCACCAACUCGUACGUGGAAUGCGAUAUGCCGCAUGACCCCAUUGAGUACCCACUGGUGGUCAGUGCUGGCGCCUCCUUAGUGGGGCAGACGGACGAGGACCUCAAUGCCGCAGACAGGCCUCGCAGCAUGCUGUUGAAGGAGCUGGUGAAGACUGGGAUUGCCAUGAAGACACCAUUGUUCUUCUUGGAUCAGCCCGCUGCCUGCUUCGCCUUGUUCGACGGGGUGCGAGGUGGUGCGGCGGUGGAGUGGUGCUCCAAGCACUUCCACACCAAGCUUCUGCCUCAGCUCAGCGCAUCCAUCACCAGCUGGCGGGACAGCGACCUGAGGGAUCUCUUUGGCUCAAUCCUGGCAGAGCUGGACGUCCAGCUGGUUCAGCAACCUGGCUGCUGCUGGGAAGGCGUGUCCAUCUCUAUCGCUUUGGUGAUGGGCGACCGCCUGGUGGUCGCCAGCCUUGGCGGGACCCGUGCCUUGAUCAUCAGCCCCGCCGGCGGCUGGAGGGCGCUGGACGGCAGACACGGCACCAGCUCGCCGGAUGAGCAGAAGCGCAUCAAGGCGCUGGGGGCCGAGAUCGUGGGUGAGGCCACAGGCACAGGCGUUGUGCAGGCACCCUUCGUGCGAAAGGCUUUGAGGGCCAGGGAGUGGCAGGUGUCGGAGGACGCAACGGCGGAGGAGGAGGUCAGAAGGGUCCUCGACGCGGCCCCGGACGUCUUUGCCGCGCUGGGUCUCGGCGUGGAGGACGCAGUGGACGGCAAGAUGGCGCGCUCGUCCUACAAGAAGCUGGCCCUGAAGGUGCACCCCGACAAGGCGCCGGAGGAGCUGAAGGCCCGGGCCAAGGAGGCGUUCGAGAAGGUGGAGAAUGCCGCGGCCGCCGUGGAGGCUUUUUGCGAGACCGACGCGGAAGCCACCCAGACCUUGCAUCGCAUUUUGCAAUCCGCCGGCGGCAGCAAGGCCGCCGUGUCCAGAGCCUUGGCGCUGGAAGUGCUGGGCCUCGACGAGGGCGUUACCCUCGAGGAGGCCGGCAAGAAGGGCCGGGAGCUGCGGGAGCAGAUCAUGAAGCUGGGCAUGCUGACGGAUGGCAACUACGGGCACCCGGACCAGGCGGAGGCGGUGCGAAUGAUCGAGGAGGCGGCGGAGGCCAUCGCCGAACCUGCGGCACUCACCGCCAGCAAGGGAGGAGAAGGCUUCACGACGCUCAAACCUGUCCAGGUGGCGCGGGGCCUGGGCCUCCGGGACCUGAAGCUGCCGCGGAAGGUGGUCUCCUCCGAGCCCCAGAUCGAGAUCUUGCACUUGGAGACGCUGGGACAGCACCACUUGGUGCUUCUCAGUUCUGGGGCCACUUCUCUGACUGAUGAGGAGGUGGUCAAGCGAGUUCGCGGCUUCGCCGGACAGCCCAAGGCAGCCUCGCUGCUGGUGGCUGCGGAUGCGGCCGCCCGCAGUGCAGCGCUCGGUGCCAAAGGGCCACAGCGCUUCGGCAGCUGCAUCGUCGGAGUUUUGGAGGUGGGAGCUGCUUACGUGGAGCCGGCCGCAAAGAAGGCCAGGAAGGACUCCUCUGAGAAGGUGCGGGCGAGACACAUCCUGCUCAAGCACAAGGACCUGAAGCAGAAGAUGGACCCACAGGCCCACCUCAAGUCCAAGGGCCGGGCUCUUAGGUCGCAGCCGGGAGUUCGUGAAGCGGAUCGGCCUUUGGUCAGCUACAGUCUAGCCUGCCAUUGCCGCUGGGUCGCCUGGUCCGCGGCCCGGGAGGACAGCGGAGGAGCAAGCAGCGGCCACUACGCCAAGUGCGUGGCGCAGGAGCUGGCCGCAAGCCGGCAGCAAGCCCUUUCCGCCGCCAAAGCUGCGGCGGACGCGGAGGACGGCUGGCAGGCGGUGGAGGCAGCUGCGGAGAUCGCAUCUGCAGCGGCCACCUCUGGCCUAGCAGCUCCCGCGGAGACAGCCUUGGAGCAGAUGGCAACGCAGUUCGGUUUGCAUUGGUGGCACCUGAGCCACGGCAACGCGGGCGCCGCGGCCGCGGCGCUGAGCUCGGCGCUGCGGAGCUUCCGGCGGAGCUUCUGGCGGCAGAAGCCCUGGCGAGGAGCCAACCUGGGAGGCUGGUUCCUGCUGGAGCCCGGCCCCGCCUCCCCAUUCUUCGAGACGUGCCAGGCACAGAUUGCGGAGAUCACUGGCAGAGAGAAGGACGCGCGGAAGGUGCCCGAAGACGAGCACGGCUUGUGCGUUGCGUUGACGGCACUUGGCGGCGCCGAUCUGCGGCGCGAAGUCUUCAGGAAGCACCGGGAGUCGCACUACACCGCUGAGACAUUGGCCAAGAUUGUGUCCUGUGGCUUGAACGCAGUACGCUUGCCGCUGGGCUACUGGGUGCUGGAGGAGCCAGGCGAGGGGGAAGCCUUCGACGGGCCCUGUGUGGAGGCGCUGGACGCCGCGGUGCGGCUGGUGGAGGACUCGAAGCUUCAGCUCCUCUUGGACCUCCAUGGGAACCCUGGCGGGGAGAGCGGUGAGCGGCCCUGCGGCCGGAAGAAUUCAGCCUGGCGAUGGGAAGACUGGCGCCAGGAUGAGGCUGUGCGCAUCCUGGGCAAGUUGGCCGAACGUUACCACGACAAGUCCUGCAUCACCGGACUUCAGGUGUGCAACGAGCCUGCGGAGAGCAUUCCUGUGGAGAGGCUCUGUGACUUCUACGAACGUGCCAUUGAGGCGAUCCGCGAUGGUGGCAUGAGCUCAGCGAGAGUUGCCGUUGUGCUUCCGGUGUUCACCCAUUGGCGCCUCAAGGAGAUCACCAGGUGCUGGCAGGAGCGGGGCAACUGGCUGAGAUACGACAAUGUCGCGUUCGACCUCCAUUACUAUCAUGACUUCUCGGUGAUUUGGAAGGCUCUCUCGCAUGCUCAGCACGUGGAGGUUGUGUCGGGCCAUGCGAUGGAGCUGCACCUGCUCCCGGGGGCUGUGGUGGGGGAGUGGAGUCUCUCCAGGCCAGGGCCCUUUCCGGAGGAGGAGCAGGCAGACUUUGCCAGGAAGCAGGUGCUCGCCUACAAUCACGCCAGCCAUGGGUGGUUCUUCUGGAACUGGCACGACUACGACUUUUAUCGUGACUGGGACCUGGAGCGGGGGGUCUUUGGCUCUGGCAAGCUGCCGUGCCCCUUGGGAACGCAGGAGCUCGAGGGCUUCAUGCAUCCAGUAGAAGGACCGCGGCCUGAGGCCAGCCUGCCGUCCUGGCUGCGCCUUGCGCGCUGGAUCGGCUGCAUCUGA